AUGCGAAUGCCAUGCUGUACGAACCAGUCUUCGGUUCCCAAGGCGUGGCAAGAGUUUGAUGAUGACGGAAGGAUGAAGGACUCAAAUUUUCGCGACCGCGUCGUGGAUGUGAUGGAAGAGUUUUACAAGUUCACUCUGGUCAUGCGUGAGCAUGCCGACGCACUCGUGGAUCGAUUCUCUGAACGAAAGGAGGUGACGCAGAAGGGCCGUCUCCUGACUCAAGCGGAGAAGGAGAAGUUGAAAGAUGAAGCUGCCGCUGAAGCCGCUGCCGCCGCAGUGACCGGCAAGAAGUAG